CGACGUUCAUGUUCUUCUCACUCUCGCAGGCAACCUCUUGUCGCCUACCAAGGCAGCUCGUUCAAUGUCAGAGGCGAUGGAACUCACUAGCCUCCAGUUCGACUAGAGCUCAGCGUCAAUCACGACCACCGCUGGCUUUUGCUUUCGAUAUCGAUGGCGUGCUACUUCGGGGCAACGAAGUUAUUCCCCAAGCCAGACGCGCUCUUAGGAUGCUAGAUGGCGAGAACGAACUAGGUAUAAAGAUUCCGUAUAUUUUCAUAACGAAUGGAGGUGGAGUGUCCGAGACGACCCAGUGUCAGCGAUUGUCUAAGUCACUUGGUGUUGAAGUGUCCUUAAGUCAAUUUAUGCAAGCACACACGGUCCUUAAAACCGUGGUGGAACAAUACGCUGACAAGCCAGUUCUUGUCCUCGGUGGAAGACCGGGAGCAAUUCCUCAGGUAGCGAAAGAAUAUGGUUUUCGAAAGGUGUAUACCACUCUCGACAUCUUAAGCUGGAAUCCGAACGUCUGGCCGUUCCAUGACCUUACUUCAGAGGAGCGCGCAUUCAUAGAUUCUCGACCAAAGUUUGACCCUACCACAUGCUUUGCUGGCGUCUUCGUGUUCCACGAUCCGCGAAACUGGGCAUUGGACGCCCAAAUAACUUGCGACAUCAUAUGCAAUAAUGGCUAUGUCCUUCCAGCACCAAAGCGACCUACUACUGAGGCCCUGGCUCCGCAGGAGCAGGAGCCAGUGAGCCUUGUUUUCUGCAACCCGGAUCUGUUAUGGGGAAAUGAGUACCCUACACCGCGUAUCGGGCAAGGCGGCUUCCGUGUCGCCUUCCAGGCCGUGUAUCAAGCAUUAAAUGGGAAGCCAUAUCCUUGUAUGCAGUUUGGAAAACCGACGAAAGCAACAUAUGCGUUCGCGGAACAACUUUUGCGUGGACGUCUAAAAGAGUUGCUUUAUCAUCAGCCUCAGGACAGCAUGAAAAUCGCGAAGGAAGUGAAUGAUUACACUCCAAAUGUGUAUAUGGUGGGAGAUAACCCUGAAUCAGAUAUAGCUGGAGCGAACGCGGUAGGAUGGUCAUCGGUCCUUGUGAAGACAGGGGUGUACGAUCCUGCUGGCGGACCUCCAACGCACAAGCCAUCCCAUAUUACUGGCGAUGUUGAACAAGCUGUGCAUUGGGCAAUCAACCAGGAACUUUCUCGUAUAUAAUGAAAGCGUUCGAUCGCUGCGUAGUGCCU